AUGAGUGAAACAAAGAGAAAAAGGCACAGCGUUGGAGGAAGAAUGAGAUCGGAUAAUGGAGAAAAUUUCCACCAUAGAAAUCCUGGAUCUUCAUCUCAUCAUUCUCGGGGAGGCCGAAACAACAACUCACAGACAAGUGGACAUUACAAUAGGAUGAACAGUUAUGAUAGGGUGCGUAAAAUUGUUCAGGAGGAAGGCAGGACCGCACGAAAUCUUGUCAUUUACAAUGUUCCGGUUGAACAACAGAACCGAACAGGAGCAGGUAACCCUGCAGGUCAACAAGUUUUACCCAUGGGUAGAAUGGGGGGAAGGAAACAUCCACUGAAGGACCAAAAUCCACACCGAAAUGUCACGCCUCCAAAGAGGAAGGCCUCAGAUGAUUAUGCUCUUAUUCAGCAGAAGUCUCAGCAAGAAUUACUCAAGUCACCCAAGUCUGACAGUGGGUUACGUAAACCUGACCUGCGAGCUCGGUACUGGAAGUUCCUGUUUGACAAUCUACAACGAGCAGUGGAUGCAAUAUAUGAAACAUGUGAACAGGACGAGAGUGUUGUAGAAUGCAAGGAAGUGAUCAUGAUGCUGGAACAAAGUACACGCGACUUUAAAUCUCUUAUAGAAAGACUUCACAUGCUGCGUGCCUUUGAGGAAUCUGCUAAAGAUGGAGACAGGCCAACAUCAAUAGCAUGGGAAGUGAGAAAAAUGUCGCCAGGUAAAAGUGCUGGUGCCCAGAGUCAUGGCAGGAGUACAAGCUCCCCGAGUCCCGCCCAGAGAGUGCUCACCUUCACGGAGCAGAGAUCUGAUCCAACACAGAGUAGUUGGGCAGACAAGGUAAAGGGCAAAGUGACAGCUGUGAGUUCUGCUGAUAUGCCUGAAGUUGUCUCCCCUACCAGCACUCUUCCCCUUCCACCACCACCAGUCACACAGAAUGGGAUCUCUGCAUCUGAGCCUGAAACAGACGGCAGUACUACCAUUGAGGAUGACAAUGAAGGAUGGGAGACUGUACAAAGGGGAAGUAAAUCUAAAGCACGACAUUCACCUUCACAGAGGUCCCUGGAAAAUCUGACAGGGGUUGGACAGAACCUUGGACGUAAGAAUUUAAAACGGACCUUGUCUGACCCUCAUGCUGGUAAAAGUGGUAAACCUGGGCAAACUAAAAUCGAAAAAAGCCCUUUAGCUAAAAAAACUGUUGCCAGUGGAAAUCAGAAAAAUGCACCUCGACAGAGGACUGAUAGUAAAGAUAGUGAAAAAGAAAAUCGUCCUAGUGAGAGUCGGCGGCAGAUUGCCUCGUCUCAUAGUGACUUGUCUGUGUCAAGGCCAGGAAGGACUAGUGGGGUUGCAGUGAGCCAAGCUCUGAACAAAUCUUCACCUACUGUGUCUAGAUCUUCUCCAAAUAUAUCUGGUAUAAGUCGAAGUUCUGAACCAACAGUGGCAUCAAAGAUGUCAUAUAGUAGCUCAGUAACAAAAGGGAAAUCUCCAACAUCAGCCAGAGGACAAGCUUUUAACACAGUAAAGCAGAAAUCACAGUCCCUUGAUCUUAAGGAGGACACUAGUAUGAUUCUAAGUAAGGUAAUAGAGAAGGAGAUUGAGGUAGACUCUGUUUUGGUUGUUCAAUGUGCAGAUUCUCCAGUGGAUGAUCAUCUGAAAACUACUUCCCCUAGUAAUUGUGAACAGGGGUCAGAAUUGCCAUUAGACAUUUCUCUCCAGGGAAAGCCAGUAUCACCCCAGGAUGUUAAAAGAGAUGAAGAUGAAGAAAGACGAGAGUUUGAACGUCGAGAGAAUGACAGAAGACAAGACGAAGAAGAUGAUGCAUAUGCAGCCCAAUUAGAUAGUGCAUUAGCAUCAGCGUUUGAGGAGGAGGAUACACUGACACGUGAACUAGAGGAAGAACAAGAACAGGCCCUGGAGUCAGCCAUACAAGAGGAAGAGACAUGGCUGAAGGCUCUGGCUCAGGAACAAAACUCUGUUAUCGAGGUUGAGACAGAGACGGAAACAGAGAGUGAACUUGGGAACACAAUGAGUUCAUUGGAGGCUUCAGGACAGACUCUGGACUGGGAUACUCUCUGUGCCCAAUAUGAAGAUGCAGAGGGAAAGCCAAAGAGGUCAUGGGGAGAGAUAGUUGAUGAAGCUGAGACAAGGACACCCGGUCAUGGGGUUCACAUGCAUGAGAAGCUGUCCUCGCCUUCUCGCCGCAGGUCACCUACUGAGUCCAGGAAGAGACAUGAAGAGAAGCAGGCCAAGGCCAGGGAACUGCGUGAAAAAUUCAUGCAUGAAAAGUCAGAGAGACUUGGAGAACUGUCCAAAAAGGUUGAGGAGGUACGAGCUUGGAAGGAAGAGUUGAUGAGACAGAGGAAGGGGACGAUUCAGAGUAAAAUGAUGAGAGCCGAGGAGAAGCGUCACCUUCAGCUCAGAAUGAAAGCACAGAAAGCUCAUGAAGAAGAGGCAAAGGCAAAUGAGAUAGCCUUCAUCAAUGCUCUGGAUGCACAAAACAAGCGACAUGAUAUCAUGUCGAAACAUCAAGAGUCUGAAGCAAGGCUUCAGAAUAUAGAGGAGGAACGUCAGAGAAAGCAUGUUGAAAAGCUGGCUAAGGAAUCGGCUGUAGAGGAGAGAAGGCGAGCACUGUACGCUGAGCGACAGGCUAAACUGAAAGAUAUGGAGGAACGUCGCAAACAACGUGAUGCACGUGUGGAACAGCAACAGCAGGAGAAGGAGAAGGAACGAUUGGAGGCCCUCAGGAUAAAAGAACGGGAAAGAGAGGAGCGACUGGCCGCUCUCAAUGCCCAACAGCAAGCACAUAUUCAGGAGCUACAGAAAAAGAUACAACAAAAGCAAGAUGAGUCCACUCAGCGUCACCAAGAAGCUCUCCAACAGAUCCGUGAAAAAGCAUUUGAGAUGACCGUCCUGCGUCUGUCCUCCGAGGACCAUAACGAGCCGCCUAACAUUGCUCCCUACGACACCAAGAAAUUGUGCACCAUUUGUAAUGUUCUGAUCCCGUCUGAGGUUCAUCUUCUGAGUCAUUUACGAGGAAAGAAACAUCAACAAGCAUUACAGGACAAUAAUUCAGGCAAGGUCAUGACAAAACAGGAAAUUGAGACUUUUAAUCUAAAGCAUAUAGUGGAUGCUCCAACCAACAGCACACAUCCCAAAAUUGUGUCAGAGAAGGAACGGCUUAAGUCACUCAAGAAACGUUGUAAAAAGUUACGACAAAGAAUGGUAACAAGGGGACUGGAGUAUGAGAACAGUCUGACGGGGAAACUCACCAAUGCUGACUCGGCCCAUAAAGCUAAACUACAGAAAGUAGUAAGAGACAUCAGUAAAUAUCUUCAGGCACCUGAUACUGGUCCAUGGCCCCAGAACAAGGUAUCGGCCCUUGACCGUGCUUUGGGGGAGAUCAGUCGAAUCAUGGAUAAAAAGGUAGCGGCAGAUCAGACAAGUUUGAGGAUCCUGGGUGGAUUAACAACUCUUGGUCGAAUUCUGCAGACAGUAGACGUUACUGACUUUCACCUCCCUUCUGUGUUACCUGCAAAGUCUCUAGUCCUAACGUGUUCCGUGUUCCGACAGGCCUGUAAAGGUUGCUAUGACAACUGUCACUAUAUGUUAUUUAGUAACAAGCUUGGCACGAUUAUAGACCUUCUCGUACAUAGACUUACGAUCUUGCUACCUGAAGAACAGAAGCGUCCAGCUUCAGGAUUUUCUGGUACAAAUCUCUCCUCUGGAUCAUCUGGCCCAUGCAAACUUCCGUUUGAUUUAGUCGCAGUCAGCCUCAUGCAACUGUUGUCCUCCAUUCUCAACUGCCUGGCUAAGUAUGGUCCAACAGCUAAGUGUAGCGAGGCAUCAGCUGAGAGGAUGAGCAGCUCUGGGGAUCCCUUCACCAUCCGCGGCAAUGAUGUUAUCAGUUAUAUCAUCAGUGUUGGUAUCGUGGACAAGCUGACACAGUAUUUCCGUGGUGUUCAGGGCCCAAUUGAUGAAGAUAAGGAGGGAGCAGAGUUUCUACAACACAGUUUGGGUCUACUGGUUUCUAUGACAAAAAUUAUGUCAAAAAGAAACAACUCUAUAUUUGACCAGAAGAAAGUAGAAGAUCCCACCCAGCUUAUCAACACUUAUGAAAUGACAGAGUUGGUUGGAAUUGUGUCUCUUCUGUACGGCAUGCUCCUACACUCUGGAGCACCAAGUCGUAAUGAUUCCUCCCCGCCAGAGUUUCCUCAGCACACCAUGGCUGUAACACUUACUGGAUUAAGAAUGCUCAACAACAUGGCUACUCUUGACCUCCCUAUGCUUCAGAAAACCCUAGGAGAUGAGGGCAUGUCACUGGAGUUUCGUCACAUAGCUAGCUACCUCAUGUGGUACUGUAGCCAUCAUACAUCAGAAGAUAUACUCCACGAGGUCAUUCAGUGUGUAGGCUACUUCACAGUGCUCUGUCCAGACAACCAGGUUGUGAUACAGUCGGGCCAGCCACCAACAAUUCUACAACAGAUGUGUUCAUUGCCAUUUCAAUAUUUUUCCGACCCACGACUCACCAAUGUCCUGUUCCCAACUCUCAUCUCAUCUUGUUACAACAAUCAGUCUAAUCGCCAGAUUUUGGAGCAGGAACUUAGCUGUAUGCUUCUGUCCAACUUUCUAGAGGAGAAACAGCUGGAAGUCCAGCAGGCAAAACUUCAUCCGUCAAAGAAAGAAAAAGAGAAAACAAAAGAUUUGGAGCAACCUAGAAUGCAAUCAGCCUCAAGAUUUCCUAUGGAACAGUGGAUGGCAGCACAGGAAUACUUUAAGAUAUCAUAACCAAGGAUUCCCAACAAUUACAGGGUUCUUUGUUAUCCCUCAUUUGAAAUUCAUCACAGAGUCCUCCCAUCAGCAUAGAAACCUUGGGUUAACUUGUUGGCAGAAAAAAGACAAUGGCAGGGGUAUAGCUGAUAUCACCUAGUACAUAGAAUAAAGUUUUGUCUUGACGUAAUGUUCAUCAGGUUUAAUGAUAGACAUGGAACACGUGCAAAUAGUGGGGUUGUACAUUGUAUAAUGAAGCCUUCAGUCAUUUCUGUGUAAUCAUCUCGGCGGAGUUUCUUUAUUUAUACAUCUACUCCUCAACACCUCAGAUAAUUACAUCUAUGUCAUUAAUGUGAAAAAAACAGCAAGUGAAAAUUUCUUAUUGUUAAUAUUUCCUUGUUUUAUCAGAAAUAUCAUCAAGAAGAUAAUAAGUAGAGGCGUGUGGAACACCAGUAAGGAUGUUACAGAAUUUCUCGUUAACGAUCGGCAAAUCUUUCUUUAAUUAAUAAUUAUACAGAUGAAAGAAAAAAAAAGAUGUUUCAUUCAUGUGGGGAAUUGAAGUUAUUAUGAUAGUCACACAUAACUUUGAUAUAUGUAUUUAGUUACAAAAUAAUUUUCUUUGUCUGAGCAAACAUAGAAGAUUUGCUUACAAGAUCGUUACAUCUGAUUUGAUAUUUGUUACAGCAUUAUUUUGCCAUCUUGUAGUAAUAUAGAUGGUUAAAGUCAUUUUGACCUUGGCCCACAAAUCAAGGUUCUGGGUUCAUUUCUCUUUAACAUUGAACAAACCAUAUGUUUUUGAUCCUUGAGUCACUUUUAUACAUAUUAACACAAAAGUUUACUACAGAACUUUCUAUAUCAUAAAGAUUUCAUUUGAAAAUUUUCUACAGCUUGAUAAAAACAGAAACAUUUUUAAAGAUGCAUGCUACCCCAACAGAAAAUCUUUUCAUAAGUCAUUUUUCUGAAGGUGGAUUUGGCUUAAAUUGGGAAGCAUUUAAAAAAUGCUCAAGCUACUGUACAAUGUAUACGGUGUUACAACAUUUUUUAUUGAAUGCCGAUUUGGGAUAAUAUUACUCUUUCAUAAAACAUCGCAAUGUUUUGAAUAUAAGCAAAUAUACGCUGCACGUAAGUCUUUUGAUGUCUGCCGAACGAGGUUAACGCAUGGACAUAUUUAGUUUGUUUCUUAUCUUAGAUAUUAUUUGUAGUCUCUGGUGCAUUAACCUGCUUUCUUAGUGGGAUGUGCUCUUUAUUAUUUUUGUGUUGGUAUUGUUUGCUUCUGAU